CCGUUGCCAAGGGAACCGCUCCCAGCCUCCCUCCAUCCCACCCUGACCCCCCGCCCCAGCCCCGCACCCCGGGGUGCUGUGGCGGGGCGCCCCGAUGGGCUGUGGCGCGGCACGGGGAUGUCACCGUGUGCCACCUGCUCCUGCCACUGGCCACGCCGGAGCCCCGCGCGCGGCCCGCGGCCCUUUGUGCCGGCAGCGGGGUCUUUGCAUUCAGGGCACAGCUCGGUGGCCUCCCGCUCCCCCGGCUCAUGGGUAUUCAUGCCGGCAGCAGCCCAUCACCAUGGCAUCCGGGCUGCCGGCAGGAACUGCCUGCCCUUUUCCCAGUCUUUGCAGCCAAGAGGCCGCCCGUGCACCCUGGGCGGCCUCCGAUGGCCCCUCGCCCACCCUGACGCCUCUAGAGGGGCUUCAUCGCGGGGCUGGGGUGGCGUUUGCCCCCCAAAAGCCCCAGUGCCACGUGCUGGGGUUGGUGUGGUGCUGGCACAGGCUGAGGGUGGUGCUGGGUGCCCCCACCCCGCUGCCAGAGGUGAGUACCCCACUCUGACUGUGGCCCCGGUGGCACCAGGGAGUGGGGAGCCACAACUGGGACCCCAGAUGGGACACAGAUAGGGGUAAAGACCCCACAAGAUGUGGGUAGCCCAGCUCACGUGGGCACAGCAGCCCCUUACCCACAGCCAGGGCUCCCCCAGCACUGUGCUCAGCCCAGAGACCCCACACCAGGUCACCUCGAGGGGCAGUGCCUGGACCCCCCACUCCUGGGGACACAGCCAGGGAGACACUGAGACCUCGGCAGUGCCAGAGCCAUGGGGGGAUAUGAACCAUUCCCAGUUCUUGUGUGUUGGGUCCAGCCUGGUGCACUCAGUGCUGGUGCCGCCGGUGCUGCCGCAGGGCCGGGGGUCCUGUGGUGCCAACGGGGGCUUCUGAGGACAGGUUUGGGCUCACGUGGGUCGCAAGGCUGAGGAGCCCCGUCCCACUGCACAGCCAGGCUGGGACACGGGCUUAGAUGGAACAUGUGGGAGCUGGUGAGCGUGGGCAGAUGUUGCCGCAGCUGCCGAGGGGGCGGGAGCAGCAUCUGGCCUUGACACACAGGGCGAGGGGCUGGGGACAAACCACCCAGCCACCCCGUGCUGUGCUCCCGGGGCUCCCCGUCCCCUCGCAGGGACAGGCAGGUCGGUGAUGCCGUGCUGGCCAUGGGGCUGGGGCUCCAGCCCUGUGCCCCCGCGGGGCUGGGGACCCCCAUAAGUGCGGUGCCAGCAGAGUGCCCAGCCCAGGUGGAUGUCCCUUCACCUGGUGGAGUGGGGGGUGGGGGCCCCGCUGUGGCACAGCAGGUUCACGGCUCACUGCAUCCUCUGACGCCUCAUUUCACCCCCGCCUGAAAAAACAACAGCUUGUGGCAGCGUGUGCCCGGUGAACCACUGUCACUGUGCCAGCCUGGGCAGCAUCCACAGCCCAGGGACCCCCUCGUCCCCCACGGGGGCAUCGGCCGGUCAUGGGGUGAGGUGCCCAGAGGCCAUGGGGGGCACAGGGGACUGUGGGGCUGCUGUUGGGGGGCACCAGGGGACAGGGUGACAUCCCCCAGCCCCCAGUGAGGUGAUGCAGAAGCUAUGCUGGCCCGGAGAUUGCAGCUGAGGCAGUGCAGGGCUGGCUCACCAUAGCGACCUGUGCCAGGCAAUACUGCCAGGGCAACACCCUGCAGGCUGGGGGGCACCAAGGGGGUGGGAGUCUCCUCAGUGGCCCCAGGGACAGGCAGGGGACACCAGCCAGCUCACCCCUCUCUGUGCUGCUGGGGAAACUGAGGCUUGAGCAGGGUAUCCUGGCAGUGGGCACUCGGGAACAGCCUGGGCAGAACCCAGCGGGGACACAGGGGCAGCACGUGGAUUCACAGUUGUGUGCCACUCGCACGUCACACCCUGUGCACACAUCCUGUCCCCAGACGUGGCCGUGGACCCUGGACCCGCUUUUCCCCAGACCACCACCCCUAUUGCUCCGGGGUGGGGAUGAGCUGUGUCACAGCCACUCAGAGCUUCCCAGGCGAGCCCUUCCCUGGCCCCCACAGGAGCUGCCGGGCCCGGUGACGUCCUUGUGCCCCACCAGCCCACCCCGCGGCUCUGCCCGUGGCUCUGCCCACACUGCUCUCCCUCCGCCCCGUGUCCCGCGCCCCGGGAGGCUGUGACAUGCUGUGGGUGCCGGAGGGGACACGGGCACGGACAGGGACACGGGCACCGACACAGACACGGGCACCAACAGGGACACGGGCUCCAGAGAGGAAACAGCCACCGGUGGGGACACAAACGACAACUGGGAAACAGCCACCUGCAGGGACAGACACCGGUGGGAACACGGACACCGACAGGGACACGAGCAGCAACAGGGACACGAACAUCAGAGGGGACACAGACACCAACAGGGACACGAACAGCGACGGGGACGUGGACACUGACAGGGACACGGCCACUGAGUGGGACACGGACACCAGUGACUCUCCGGGCCCAGGAAAGGUGGCACCACAUGCCCACCGAUCCCUGGCAGAAGAUGACGGUCCCAGUGCCCAACAGCACGGCGGUGUCGUCAGCUGGUGUGGCAGCACAGCCGGAGCCAGAUCAGGAGCGGUCACCCUGCCUGGUGGGCAUUGUCCCCGUCGUGUACUACAGUGUCCUGCUGGGGCUGGGGCUGCCAGUGAACAUCCUGACCGCUGUGGCCCUGUCCCGCCUGGCCACCAGGGCCAAGAAGUCAUCGUACUGGUACCUGCUGGCCCUGACCACCUCCGACAUCCUCAUCCAGGUCUUCGUCAUCUUCAUGGGCUUCAUCCUGCAGACGGCCAUCCUGGCCCGGGCGGUGCCCAGCGCCUUCAUCCACACCGUCAACGUGCUGGAGUUCACGGCCAGCCACGCCUCCACCUGGGUCACCGUGCUGCUCACCGUGGACCGCUACGUGGCCCUGUGCCACCCGCUGCGCUACCGCGCCGUGUCGUACCCGCAGCGCACGCGCAGGAUCAUCGCGGCCGUGUUCGCCGCCGCCCUGGCCACCGGCAUCCCCUUCUACUGGUGGCUGGACAUGUGGCGUGACGCCGACCCGCCCACGGCGCUGGACACGGCGCUCAAGUGGCUCCACUGCGUCACCAUCUACUUCCUGCCCUGCAGCAUCUUACUGGCCACCAACUCCAUCAUCAUCCUCAAGCUGAAGCGGCGGCGGCGCGCGGGGGGCGGCAAGACCACGGUGCUGCUCCUGGCCGUCACCACCGCCUUCGUGGUGCUCUGGGCCCCCCGCGCCGUCGUCAUGAUGUGCCACCUGUACGUGGCCUCGGUGAGGAGGGACUGGCGCAUGCACCUGGCCUUGGACAUUGCCAACAUGGUGGCCAUGCUCAACACCUCCCUCAACUUCUUCCUCUACUGCUUCGUCAGCCAGACCUUCAGGCGCGCGGUGGGUGAGGUGCUCUGGGGGCACCCCCGGCAUGGCCCCCCCCGCCGGGGCAGCGCCCACUUCCCACCCCUGGCCCUCAAACCGCUGGAGCUGUUGGCUGGCACCGCGCUCUGAGCCAGGACAGUGCCUGGCUGGAGGUCCCAGUGCCCACCCAGCCCACCCAUCACACCGGGACCUGGGGAGACCUCCACGGAACCAGAGUUAAUGCUGGUGGUGGCAGGAGGAGGUGGCUGUGCCCAGCCCCUCAUUUUGGGCCCUUGGGGUGCCCUGCCUGGUGACAGCACCCCAGGAUCCCCUGCCUGCUCCCUGAGCCCCACCAGGAUGGGCAGCUCAACCCUAUCCAUGCUCAGUCCCUCAGGACACAGAGAACUGGGACCCCCAAGAACUCAUCCAGGAUGUGCCCCAGCUCGGGUCCUGGGGAGCAUGGGGGCACGGCUGCCUGUGGUGAGGGGUGGUGGGCACAGCUGAGCUCCUGUAAGACCUACAAGGACACGGUGCCCGCUGGGAGCCCAUGGGAUGGUCCUUCUGCCGUAAACUGACGUGCUGAGACCAGAACUCCGCCUGGGUCUGGCUCCCUGUGGGCAGAUGGAAUGGGGACACCCUGCUCCAGCACCCCUGGCACGGGGUCCCUCUGCCCUGCCCACCCCGGUGCCCCCGCCCUGCUGCCUGGGGGGUGCUGCAGGGAGCACCCACGAGGUCCAGUGACCCCAGCUGUGGGGCCUGAACACAUGGUAAGACCCCAGCUCCUGACCCCUACCUGACAGCCCCUGCCAGGCUGCAGCCCCCGCAGGGCACCCAGGGUGUUCCCCAAACACAAGGGUGCAGCAUCUCCCACCGGCUGCAGGGGAGGGGGCUCACGAUGCCUCCCUGCAUGGGGUGCGCCCAGUCACACCAGUGCCAAUCUGGUGUGACGCUGGGCCCAGCUGCCACCAGAGGGCAGGGAUGGGACACUGAGGAGCUGGGACUGCCUAGAGGACAGGAGCUGGCACCUCCAGCCCCCCAAACCAGCCCUGUCCCCACCCUAAUUCCCCAUAAGGUCCUUAGUGUAAUCCCCCCAAACAGUCCAGGCUUUCCGCUCUGAUUCCUGAGACCAAGCAGGACAGACCCUGGGGGGUGCUGGGAGGGGGGCAGGGGCUCAGCUGGCCCUGGCAGGGCACACAGGCACCCCCCAAACCCCACUGACCCCCCCCCGCCAACCCCGCCGAGCCCCGGCUGUGCCCACACAGGGGUGGGAUGGGGCGCAGCGUUUCCCGGGGAUGUGGGGCUGACCCACACACGCCCUCAAUCCUGCCUUCACACUCGGAUCAUUGCCGGCGUGGACAGACCCCUCCAGGGAUGUCACCGCAUCCCAGGCCGGAUCCGCACCG